GCCGUAUUUCAGCGGCCUCCAUGUUCCAGGCUCGCCUGAUCUUCCUUAGUGACCCACUUUCUCUCCAGCACUGAUAGAGAACCCCUGCUGAUUGCGUCCCUUGAGGUCGUACCCGACCUGACCCUUGUGGUUGAGACCCGCUUUAAAAUGGAGUCUGGAUCAACCCCGCCAACGGACAAACAGAUUCGCGAAAAUGAACAAGACUGCCCGGACAUCAGGGCAAGCUUCUUGCUCGGCCCACAUUGACAAGACAACAACCAUCUCAUUCAGUCAGUCAGUCACCCCAAACGCCAGACUGUCUUACCAUUGCCAACAUGUCGGCCGACCAACACCUCCAAGCUCUCACAAAGGUUGUGGUGAACAACCUGGAAAAUCAACACGACUGGACUCAGGUCCAGAUACACAUUCAGGACAACCUCCCUCGACCUCUCAUCUAUGGACUCCCGCCAAAGCGCCUCUAUGUGCACCCCGAUGAGCAGAUCGACAUCAUCAAGGCCGAGAAGCAGUUGAACCAGCGUGUUCCCCAGGAGCCUGAGCUGGAAUGGGUUCUUCCGCUGCACCUGGCUGAGAAAUGGUCCAUCAGCGACUUCGCGGCCGUCUUUGAUGCCAUCACGGCCAUCCCUCCCGGAGGCGAGUUUGUGAACGCCAACGAGGAUGCCCAGUGGCAGUUAUGGAGGGGCCCGAAGCGUGGCAAGCGUAUCUUGCUCGCGACCGUCCAAGAUGAUUCAACUGUUACGUACUACUGGAUGCACAACGGCCUCGUGAAGCCUAGACAGAACUGAGAGAGUUACCAGGCACACCAAAGUUCCGCAUCCGUCGGUGCAUUGCGGUAGUUGUCUGUCUGUCUGUGGAAGUACUUGUAGAUGGCUAGGCUAUUUG